GUUGUCGUCUCUAUGGUUCCCCUUUCCGGGCGGUAAAGGCAAGGUUUGGCGGCGCCACACAGCCGAAGCGUGGAAGGGUCUGUUUCUUGUCGCGCGGGUGGGGAGCCAAUUUUCCUCUGGUGCCGCCAUGUCUGUCAGCGAGAUGUUCAUCACUCUGCAGGGGGUGCUGACCGCCGACCAGGAUAUUCGCGAGGAGAUCAGGAAAGUUGUUCAAACUAUGGAGCAGACAGCUCGGGAAAUUCUGACGGUGCUACAGGGGGUCCACCAAGGUUCUGGGUUCCAGGACAUACCAAAGAAGUGUCAGAAGGCUCGAGAACAUUUUGGCACAGUAAGAGCACAGCUGGCCUCUCUGAAAAUGAAAUUUCCUGCAGAUCAGUAUUACAGAUUUCAUGAACAUUGGAGGUUUGUACUACAGCGCUUGGUAUUCUUGGCAACAUUUGUUGUCUACUUGGAGACAGAGACAUUAGUGACCCGGGAAGCUGUUACAGAAAUACUUGGAAUUGAAGCCGAGAGAGAGAAAGGUUUCCAUCUGGACAUUGAGGACUACCUCUCUGGAGUGCUGACUCUAGCUAGUGAGCUGUCUAGGCUCGCAGUGAACAGUGUCACAGCCGGAGACUACUCUCGCCCCCUCCGCAUCUCUGCUUUCAUCAAUGAGCUGGAUUCUGGCUUCCGCCUCCUGAACUUGAAGAAUGACUCCCUGAGGAAGCGGUAUGAUGGCCUCAAGUAUGAUGUCAAGAAGAUUGAGGAGGUGGUUUAUGACCUGUCGAUCAGAGGGCUCAACAAGGAGGCAACAGAUGGUGCUGGUGGAGAGAAAUAAAUCAGGGCAUGUUGAACUGAAUCUAUGAUUACCUCAGUUUUGCUGCCAAUGGAGGAGCUUUAAUUGAGCUCUCCAGCAGUAGCUUAGAGGAACCACAAGCUGCAAAACCACUUUUUUGCCCCCUACUGAAUGUUUAGUAUGUCCACAUGAAAGCACUCGACUCUUCUGUGAACACCGGCCUGGUAGCCGUGUUGGCAGCAUGAGUUGACCAUGUUGUGAGCAACCUGUUUUGUGAACAGCAGCCAUAACAGUGUACUAGCUCUGCACAAGGAGGUGUGAGAGUUGUUUGCCAUUGGGCCACAGUUUCUAAUCUUUCCUCCUCUGGUUGUGCUGAGGCCCGUCUUUUGGGACGUCUCCACCACUCAAGCUUUAUACAGUUUAGUGUGAACUAAGAUGGCGGCACUUGGCUGCAAAUAUCUUCUGUGGUUAAAACAUGGUUGGGACACUUCCUUUCUACUCAUACUAGUAAUUGUGUACUGUUGUUGUAUUAAAGCAAAAAAGGAUAAUCUGGUCAAUAGCCAUAUCAUUGGGAAUUUGUUUUCAAAGAAACAUUGUUUUACUGUACUCUGCAUACUUUUUGUAUAUAGAGCUUGAUUUGCAUAGCUAGGAAAGACCUAGCUUUUGAGUCUUUUUACUUUCUUAGAGUCUUCUGACUCUCAUAGGUUAUUUCUAUGCACGGCGUUAAGUAUACAGCAGCCAUUUAAGGAAAACAAAUCCUAAAACGUCUGUUGCAUGUGUUGGCGAUAAGCACACACUUGUGGAGGCCACUAGCCAAAUGCUCAAGUUGGGGGUAUUUGUGCUCCUUUAGAUUCCAGGUGACUUGUUUCAUAUCUCCAUCAUUUUGUAUUGCAUCUCUUAGUAAGACCUUAAGUAGCAGUAAAGAAAGUAUUUGACUGGUAAGAGGCAAAUUAUUGCCCCCCUCUUGAUCCUUAAACACAUUUACUUGGGUGCAAAUUCUUUGAUUUCAUUGUGUACAGAGGAUCGCAGCCUUAGUAGUCUAGUGUCAAAGUUGUGGAUGCAAACCAAACCUGACUGGUCACUUGUGUGUGUAAAUCUCUUGUGUGUCAGUGCUUAAUGUCCAUCUUCCAAAUCAGAUUUACAUAAGACAUUUCUUCAGUGUGCAGGGUCAUUUUUCAUGUUGUAUGCUUUGCUGGAUCUCCCCCC